CCCCGCUUCAGUUAAAUAGCCUCGGUCACACAUGGAGAGCAGCAGCUCGGAGCCUCACACACACCGCACUCUGGAAAUACACCCAGUUUAGGAGACAUGGAGGUGAUUUCAGGACUGCAGAAGAUGUCAGUGGGGCAGCCGCCAGCAGGACGGGGUGCGGUGUGUCUGACAUGUAAAGGGAUCUGCUCUGGAUUCCUGCCACAUUCCUGGAGGAAAGCCUGCACACAGUGCCACUGCAGCCAGGAAGACCACGCCCCCAGCUCAGACGUCGAGGACGACCGCAAGAUGGGCGGACUGUUGGCCGACUCCAAAUACGCCCACCUGACGGCCAAAGUGAAGGGCGGAGAUGGCCUCAGGGUGUACAAACGCAACCGCAUGAUCAUCACCAACCCUGUGGUGUCGCGCAAGGACCCCACCUUCAACACCAUCACCUACGACUGGGCUCCACCGGGCCUUACCCAGAAACUGGCCAUGCAGUACAUGGAGUUCCUCCCAGAAGAAAGACGACCUGUAGCCGGGACGGAGGGCGCUCUGUACCGACGCAGGCAGCUGAUGAGGCAGCUCCCAGCAUACGAUCAGGACCCCUCGCACUGCCACAGCCUGUCUGAGGCUGAGCUCAAAGCCAUGGCUCAGUUUGUGAAGAGCUAUAAGGAGGAGGCGCUGGGAGUCGGGGAGGUGGCACUGCCUGGAGAAGGUGGAACAGCCAAAGAGAACAGCAGCAAGCAGAAGAACGAGAAGAGCCCCAAAGAACAGCCCAACCCAGAACCCACCACCAACGGUACACUGGAGGAGAACACCAAGAAGAGCCAAUAUCACUGCAGCGGCUGUGGGGAGCUGGCGGUGCUGGACAGUCCGGUGGUGUACGCUGAGAGGGCGGGCUAUGAGAAGCUCUGGCAUCCCACCUGCUUCGUGUGUGCUGAGUGCGGCGAGGCUCUGGUGGACCUGGUUUACUUCUGGAGAAAGGGCACUCUGCUGUGCGGCCGCCAUUACUGCCAGAGCCUCAGACCCCGCUGUGCAGGCUGUGACGAGCUGAUCUUCACUGAGAUCUUCCAUCAGGAAGCGAACGGGCAGUUCUGGCACAAGGAGCAUUUCUGCUGCUGGCAGUGCGGCCAAAGCCUCGGCGUCCAGUGUGGCUGCAGCAGCCGCCGCCAAUCCAAACCAGUGUAAACUGGGCCGAGACUGAAAUCUCCAAGCCAGCACAACCAGUCUGCUCAGUGGAGGCAGAGGGCCAGAUAGGAUGCACUUCAUAUGCAUUUGAUAUUUUAGGCCAGUUGUUUUAAGCCUGACUUAUGUACAGUAACUUCCACUGUAUAGCGUUCAAACAGCGAUGAAAAAUCAUACAUCACUCUGACUGAACAGCAAAGUUCAGCAAAGAUCUCCUAAAGUAUCAAUGUCUUUGUGUUGACUAUGGCUUUGUUUUAUAUUUAAAAUAAUAUCACUGUAAAAAUAAUAGUCCCUCAAAGAACGUCUAGUAUCUCAUUCCCACCAAAUAGUGCAGGCUGGCGAUUGUGCUGGAACUGAUGCUGGCUGGUCCUGGUUCCUCCGAAGUAGAAAAAUCUCCUAACACUACAUUUACACUGAUCCAUCGCUUCAACGGGAAAUGGUUUCAUACAAGCUUUAUUUGCUAUUAACCAAUUAAUAUAUGUUCGAUUCAGCUUCAUAACACUGUCUAGGAGCAA